AGCAGAAGCAGAAGAGUCCUGGAUGGAGCAGCAGCAGAUCAGCUCCACCCUUCAGCAGCUUCUGCAACUCCAGCCGAGGUGCAUCAGACUUUCUUAAAGCCUGACUGGAGUACAGCGCUUCAAGAAACCGUCAAAAUGUCUGACCAGGGCGACGCCCCGACCCCUUCCGCUGCCCCCGCUCCUCCCGCCGGACGUCCUCCCAAGGUGGGCCACCGGGGCCGAGCGUCAGGCCCCACGGAUAGCGACAACUUUGAGACAGCCGACAUCCCAGAAUUAGAAUACUUUGUAGCACCGGGUCCGAGAGGAUACCCUCCUCUGACAGACUUCCUGGACAUCUCGGAUGUGGACAUGAUGAGGAGGCGAGACGAAACCAACAAGACCGACCACCGCACCAACCUGUACCACUGCGACAAUCUCAUCGUCCGCCGAGGUCAAGAGUUCCAGAUCAAGAUCACCUUCAGUCGUGCUUACAAACCUAACGAGGACAAGUUUGCCGUGGAGUUUGUCAUUGGCACCGAUCCUCAGUACAGCAAGGGGACCUACCUUCCUGUGUUUCCCACCAAGACCCGUCAGAGCUCCUGGGGUGGUCGCGUCAUACAGACCAACGACAACGUGGUCACCAUGGGCAUCACGCCAGCAGCCAACUGCAUUGUGGGAAAAUAUCACAUGUACGUUGCAGUGCAGACUCCGUUUGGCAUUCGUAGGACGAAGCGGGACAACAGCAGAGAUUUAUACGUCCUCUUCAAUCCUUGGGCAGCAGAUGAUGCUGUGUUUCUGGAUGAUGAGGCAGAGAGGCAGGAGUGCGUGAUGAAUGAGUUGGGGGUCAUUUAUCACGGCGCUUAUGACGACGUGUCCGAGAGAAACUGGAACUAUGGACAGUUCAACUAUGGAGUUCUAGAUGCCUGUCUGUACAUCAUGGAUCGGUCUGAAAUGCCAAUCACCAACAGAGGAGACCCCAUAAAGGUGACCAGAAAGGCCUCUGCCAUGUUGAACUCACGUGAUGAUGACGGUGUGCUGGUGGGGAACUGGAGCGGCGACUACACCUACGGAGUGGCGCCCACUUCCUGGACCGGCAGCACCGACAUCCUGCUCAGCUACUCUGGCAGCAAGAUGCCCGUGUGCUACGCUCAGUGCUGGGUCUACGCUGCUGUCUUCAAUUCCUUCCUGCGCUGUCUGGGCAUCCCGUCCAGAGUGGUCACCAACUACUACUCUGCUCACGACAACGACGGAAACCUGAAGUUGGACAUAAUUCUGGACGACAACGGCAGAAUCGAUCGAAGCCGCACCAAGGACUCCAUCUGGAACUAUCACUGCUGGAACGAGUGCUACAUGUCCAGACCGGACCUCCCUCCAGGUUUUGGAGGCUGGCAGGUUGUGGACGCAACGCCACAGGAAACCAGCGACGGGAUGUACAGAUGUGGACCUGCGUCUGUCCUGGCCAUAAAACACGGACACAUUUGCUUCCCAUUUGAUGCUCCCUUUGUGUUUGCUGAGGUCAACAGCGAUGUCGUGUUUUACUCACGGAAGAAUGACGGGACCAUGGAGCCGGUCAGAGUGAACAAAAGUCACGUGGGUCGCAUGGUUUUGACCAAAGCUGUGGGAAGCAAUGGUCGUCGAGACAUCACCGAUCAAUACAAGUUUCCUGAAGGAAGCCCAGAGGAGCGGACUGUCCUGGAAAAGGCAGAGGAGUUCGGCUGCAAGCAGGAGAAGUCCAGCCCCCCUGAGGCGGAUGUGAACGUGGUCCUGCCCACCCUGGAGAUCAGUGUCGGCAAUGACUUUGAGUUCAACGUGGAGUUUGUCAACCAGAGCUUGCAGAAGCGCACGGUGCAGGCCUACGUCAGCGGGAGUGUGGUGUAUUACACCGGAGUCUCCAGCAAUGAGUUCCUGUUCAAGACCCCCACUGUGACCAUUCCGGCCCAAAAGAGUGUGAAGGAGCUGAUGACGAUUGAGUCGAGGAACUAUCUUGCUCACCUGGUGGAACAGGCCAACCUUAACUUCAUAGUCACUGGGAAGAUCAAAGAAACCGGCCGUAUCGUGACCGCCAUGAAAGUGGUCACCCUGCACACUCCCAAACUCACUGUUGAGGUGUCUGGCGGCGGCAGAGUGAAUGAAGAGAUGAUGGCCAGCGUGCAGUUUACCAACCCCUUCUCCUUCAACCUUGAGAACGUCCACCUCCGAAUGGAAGGACCCGGAGUCAUGGAGCUCAAAUCCAGAUACUACAGUCUGCUCCCCGGUGGCUCCUCUCUGACCUGGACUGAGAUGUUUACUCCACAGAGGGCUGGCAAGACCAGAGUGAUGGCUACUCUGGACUGUUCUGGUCUCAGACAGGUCUCCGGCCAGGCAUCCAUCACCAUUGAAACCUAAAGAGAAAAC